UGCUGUCAGAGGGAGACGCUAAAGCGGCGGCUGGUCAGGGCACUAAAAACCCGCUAUGUACUGGACUAUUUUCGCUACACUGUGAACAAAUUGGCUUGUUUGUUAAAUGGAGGAACCCGCACCAUGCUGACAAUAGCUGUGCUUUACUGAACACUUCAUGUUUACGGACAGUGCGGCUCGAAAAGCUAACAUCUAGAAAUGCUAAAGUUAGCCAGCCUUAGCAAGCUGCUACAUUGAAAUUGAUCCGCGAAGACUGCCGUAGUGGAUGAAGAGAGAGAAUAACGCUGAAAUGGGUCAAAAAACUGCAAUGUAUCGACCAGCUUAACCGGCUUUUACAGCAGAUCUGUGUUGCAAUGAAUAUCGCCAGAGUUCAGCUCUGAGGGCUCAGAGACAUGAACUCCGUUUCCCCCAGCGCGGUGCAGUACGUAGGGGGAGUGAUGCAGGAUGAGCUGGUGGAGAGCCGGAGGCAGCAGCCGCUGGAGCGGCAGGGCAGCUUCGGUCUCCGGCCGUCACAGACUUCAGAUUCUAGCAAAGAGGCAACGGGAGAGCCGGACGAGAUGGACAAACUGAAGGCCAAACUGAUGUCAGCAUGGAACAACGUCAAAUAUGGUUGGACUGUCAAGUCUAAAACUUCCUUCAACAAGAUCUCACCAGUCACUGUCCUGGGACACUCUUAUCUGCUCAACAGUGAAGACGAGGUGGAGCGGUUUCGUCUGGCUUUUGUGUCCAGGAUUUGGCUGACCUACAGGAGGGAGUUCCCUCAGCUGGAGGGCUCCACCUGGACCACAGACUGUGGCUGGGGGUGCAUGCUGCGCAGUGGGCAGAUGCUGCUGGCACAGGGGCUCCUGGUCCAUUUGAUGCCCAGAGAUUGGGCUUGGCCAGAUGCACAGCAGUUUACCGAUGUGGACUUUGAGGUGUUUAGACCGCGGUCCCCAGCCCGAGCUGGAGGGGUCCCUAUCCCGUCUUUUGGUUCUCCACGAGGAUCCAACACCCCUGAAAAGUCCCUGACGAGUGAUCAGGCUCCCAGAUGCAGCCAGAGGAAGAGACCUGAGUCUGUAAGGGACAGGCAGGCAGAGCCCAUCCACCACAAGCUGCUCACCUGGUUCGGGGAUCAGCCCCCGGCACCUUUUGGGCUUCACCAGCUGGUGGAGAUUGGCAAAAGUUCAGGGAAGAAGGCCGGUGACUGGUAUGGCCCUUCUAUAGUGGCACACAUACUGCGGAAAGCAGUGGCCAGAACCUCUGUGCUCCACAACCUGGCUGUAUAUGUGGCUCAGGAUUGUACAGUGUACAAAGAGGAUGUGGUGCAUCUGUGUGACAUGUCAUUGAGCCAGACUCCCCCUGAUCCGUCCAGCCAGGCCUGGAAGUCUGUCAUCAUACUGGUGCCUGUACGUCUGGGAGGGGAGGCCCUCAACCCGUCCUACAUCGAAUGUGUCAAGAACAUCCUAAAGCUGGAUUGUUGUAUCGGAAUCAUUGGAGGCAAACCGAAGCAUUCACUGUACUUCGUUGGCUUCCAAGAUGAGCAGCUGCUGUAUUUGGACCCUCACUACUGCCAGCCUGUGGUGGAUGUCUCACAAGUCAACUUCUCACUGGAGUCGUUCCACUGUAGCUCUCCUAAGAAGAUGCCCUUCAACCGCAUGGAUCCCAGCUGCACCAUCGGCUUUUACGCCAAGAACAAGAAGGACUUUGAGUCUCUGUGUUCUGCUGUUAGUGUGGCUCUGUCAUCGUCGAAGGAGAAGUACCCCAUCUUUACCUUCGUAGAGGGCCGGGGUCAGGAUUACGGACUUGAGGGUCACAGCAGUAAUCACAGUGGACCUGCAGCCCAUAUCCUGCCCCCGGGCAAACUUGGCAGGAGUAACAACAGAAGAAACAGUGAUGAGUUUGUCUUCCUGUAAAGCUCUGAGCAGGAUGCUCUCUCAGCUCUCACCUGCAGGGGGCAGAACAGGACACCUCAUUUCCUUUCAAAGGGAAAGACAUGUCAAUGGUGCAGCUGCAAGGUGGACACAGCGCUUUUGUGCUUUAUCGUCUUAACUGGUCAACGAUAAAAAAAAAACCAAACUGUGUGGUUUCUGUCAUCACCUUUUGUGUGGAUGGAUAUUAUAAGCUAACAGGCAUUAUUGAGCACUGGACAGAGCAUUAUUUUAUUGGGCAAAGGCGUGAUUUAAGAAUCAGAUCAUUGUUAAAAUACAUCUCAAGUACUUGAAGUAUUCUUGAUUCACUUUUUCAGACACCUAAAAAAGCCUCAAAAUCCAGCAUGUAUGAGUGAAAUCAAGCGCUUUAAAGUACUCUAAGUACACUCAACUACUGCGUUUUUUUGUCCUGGUGUGAACUGGACAUGCUGACAGGGAUGAGGGGUCUACAUGAUAUUUGAUUAGCUCACUGGGCAGGUGCAGAGAAGCCUGAUAUUGUUCUUGACUUGUAUUAUAUACCAUCUGCUGAACAUCUCAGUUUUAAUUAUUAUCCUUUAGAUUUAUUUAUCAGGUUUCUGAGCGUGUGUUCGUGUGUUCGUGUGUGUGCGCACGCGAGUGUGGCAUUAGUGUAGUUUAUUUGUUUGUCUUAAAUAAGUGUACUGAUGUAUUUAGGAGUCUGUCGCAUUGAGUUUCACAGGGGUUUCAAAUUCUUCCAUGAGUAUCUUGAACAGAUGUAAAUUCAUUCUAGUGUUGCAGUCUGGCCCAAAUAGAUCAAAGAUAACCCAGUCCUUGAUCUCCCACGUGCUUUGGCGCUUCAUUAUUUAUCAUGAAGAAUAUUAAAAACACCGAAAUCUGCUCCUGCAGAGUUACUGAAGCCCCCAGGUGUGGAGGUGAAGAGAAAUUAUCCCUUUAGUUGGAGAUAGAUGUGUAUCUUUACCUGGUAAAUUAGCUUGCUCCAUGAAGUAGGAAUCUAAAGUUAUCUGGAUGUGUUUGCAAAGUUAAACCCAGAACAACUCUUUUUUAAACAUUUUUUUUAAAGUAAAGUUAAGGUCCUGGGUUUUACUUUGCAAAGUUACAGUCAAAAAGACCUUACAAAAUUGAGUUCUUGCCUUCAAGCUUUUGUUGCAAUGUCAUUUGUGUUUGUCCCUUUUUUACAUGACGGCUACUACUGCAAGUUGCACUACUACUGUCAUUUGGUUUGACGUCCUGAUUAAACUUCAAACACUGGAA